AUGGUGGUCCCAUGUGGAGAUGGGUCCCCCCGACCCCAUCCUGGGGGUGACAGAAGCUUUCAAGCGCGACACCAAUUCCAAGAAGAUGAACCUGGGUGUGGGGGCGUACCGGGAUGACAACGGGAAGCCGUAUGUCCUGAACUGUGUUCGCAAGGCAGAGGCCAUGAUAGCAUCCAAGAAGAUGGACAAGGAGUACUUGCCCAUUGCGGGGCUAGCGGAUUUCACUCGGGCAUCUGCAGAACUGGCUCUCGGUGAAAACAGUGAAGCUUUCAAGAGCGGCCGGUACGUCACUGUGCAGGGUAUUUCUGGGACUGGAUCUCUGCGAGUUGGAGCCAACUUUUUGCAACGGUUCUUCAAGUCUAGCCGUGAUGUGUAUCUACCCAAACCGUCCUGGGGCAAUCACACACCCAUUUUCCGUGAUGCUGGCCUGCAGCUUCAGGCUUACCGCUACUAUGACCCCAAGACAUGCAGCCUUGACUUCUCUGGAGCCAUGGAUGACAUUUCCAAAAUUCCAGAGAAAAGCAUCAUCCUCUUGCAUGCUUGUGCUCACAACCCCACUGGGGUGGAUCCCCGGCAGGAACAAUGGAAGGAGUUGGCGGCUAUGGUCAAGAAACGAAACCUCCUUGCGUACUUUGACAUGGCCUACCAGGGCUUUGCCAGCGGGGACAUCAACCGGGAUGCCUGGGCUGUGCGGUAUUUCAUUGAGCAGGGCAUCAACAUCGUCUUGUCACAGUCCUACGCCAAGAACAUGGGGCUGUAUGGAGAGCGUGCGGGUGCCUUCACGGUGAUCUGCAGUGAUGCGGAGGAAGCCAAGAGGGUCGAGUCACAGCUGAAGAUCCUCAUCCGCCCCAUGUACUCUAACCCACCCCUGAAUGGAGCCCGCAUUGCUUCUAUCAUCCUGAACACCCCUGACCUACGGAAGGAGUGGCUCGUGGAGGUGAAGGGUAUGGCCGACCGGAUCAUCAGCAUGCGGACUCAGCUGGUGUCCAACCUCAAGAAAGAGGGAUCCUCUCACAACUGGCAGCACAUCACUGACCAGAUCGGCAUGUUCUGCUUCACGGGACUGAAGCCUGAGCAGGUGGAGCGGCUGACCAAGGAGUUCUCCAUCUAUAUGACAAAGGACGGACGAAUCUCUGUGGCAGGGGUUACAUCGAGCAAUGUAGGUUAUCUGGCUCAUGCCAUCCAUCAAGUCACAAAGUAAAGGCAAAGGUGUGCCCUGGAGCUGGUGGCUUUCCCUUACCCACUGGUUGAAGAUGGGGAGGGAAAGGAAACAAGCAGAAUACUUCCAACCACAGCACUUGACGCCGCUGCUGAAUGUAUCUUGUAGAUGAGUUGUUGUAGAAGCCUAGUCAAAACUGCCCUGCGUUGUGGAGCAGGGACAUCGUUGCCGGAUCCUGCUUGUCACAGCCGUCUUCCCCUGCUGUCCAUCCUUUGUCCAUCAGCCCCAGCACCCAUCUGCGCUGGAGGAAGCAAACACUUAGCAUUGCCUUCCUACCAGUGCAGGCACCAAAGGCCUCCCCACACUGCUUUCUCCAUGAGAAGACUUUGUGAGGCUGUUGGCCGCUGGCCCAAGCGGCAGCGGGCGCGGAGCUGGGGGGGCUGAGUGGGAGGGCUGCUC